AUGGGUCAGGUUCUGCCCACUCAUCGACUCGCACACUCACCGUACGGUGGUGUCGCACAACCAGCCGUAACCCAGGCGAUCCGGUUGUUAUCGAAAGGGCCCUUCCCCGUUAACGCUCACAAUGCCCGCCCCGAGCGACAACACUGGAGCCUACAGAACGUCUGCGUCGAUCCCUUUUCCGACCUUCCCAUAGCGUACACCACCAACGGAGAAGAUUCGCAUCUGGCUCCAUCCGCAUUCUCUUGCAACUCUUACUCCUGGGUCCAUAUUUUCCCGGAAGGCAAAAUCCACCAGGCACCGAACAAGACAAUGCGCUAUUUUAAAUGGGGUGUUGCUCGACUGAUUCUAGAAACCAAUGAAUGCCCUGACGUCGUCCCUAUGUGGGUAGAAGGGUUUGACCAGGUCAUGCAUGAGAGCCGAGAGUUUCCACGGUUCCUCCCACGACCAGGGAAGGACGUUAGUGUCACCUUCGGACAGAAAGUUGACACCGACGCAGUGUUCGGGGAUAUGAGGCGGCGAUGGCGGGAUUUGAAGGCCAAGGCUGAAUUGAAAGCUCCGGAGACCCGCGACCUCCCCGUCGGGGUGUUGAGCGACGAGCUUCUUAACGGAAAGGAGGCAGUUGAGCUGCGAAAAGAGGUCACCAAGAAGGUUAGGGACCUUGUGUUAGAUGUAAGACGGUCAAGGGGGCUGCCCGAUGAGGAUCCAAAGGAAGGUCUAGUAGAGACAUGGAUCCAAGAAGGACCAAAACGGGAAGGGAAGAUGGAUGAUGAAUCGUGGGUUCGUGAUAUAUGA